GUGAGAUGUCGAAUGUUAGCCCUUGGAUUGUCCUUAAUCCGACGGUUAGGAAAGAAACCCUAGCCAAAACUAAGCUGAGAGCGUGGCUACUUAAGCUUAAGGGGGCAGCUGAUUUCCUAUUCCUAAUCCUUCGCUUGCGCAUUACGCUCUAUUCUGUUGCUACGAGGCGAGCUUUAGGUCAAGCGAAUCUCAAAGACUCCAGUUCUACAAUGGGAAAAGAAAAGAUUCACAUCAACAUUGUGGUCAUUGGCCAUGUCGACUCUGGCAAAUCCACCACCACUGGUCACUUGAUCUACAAGCUUGGUGGUAUUGACAAGCGUGUGAUUGAGAGGUUUGAGAAGGAAGCUGCUGAGAUGAACAAAAGGUCAUUCAAGUAUGCCUGGGUUCUUGACAAGCUUAAGGCCGAGCGUGAACGUGGUAUUACCAUUGAUAUUGCCUUGUGGAAGUUCGAGACAACCAAGUACUACUGCACUGUUAUUGAUGCCCCUGGACAUCGUGACUUCAUCAAGAACAUGAUUACUGGUACCUCACAGGCUGACUGUGCUGUUCUUAUUAUUGAUUCAACCACUGGUGGUUUUGAAGCCGGUAUCUCUAAGGAUGGUCAGACCCGUGAGCAUGCUUUGCUUGCCUUUACCCUUGGGGUCAAGCAGAUGAUUUGUUGCUGCAACAAGAUGGAUGCCACAACUCCGAAAUACUCCAAAGCAAGGUAUGAUGAAAUUGUAAAGGAAGUCUCUUCUUAUCUUAAGAAGGUUGGUUACAACCCUGAGAAGAUCCCAUUUGUCCCAAUCUCUGGUUUUGAGGGUGACAACAUGAUUGAGAGGUCUAACAACCUUGACUGGUACAAGGGUCCCACUCUCCUUGAAGCUCUUGACCAGAUCAAUGAGCCCAAGAGGCCAUCGGACAAGCCCCUCCGUCUCCCACUUCAGGAUGUCUACAAGAUUGGUGGUAUUGGAACUGUUCCUGUUGGUCGUGUUGAGACUGGUGUCUUGAAGCCCGGUAUGGUUGUGACUUUCGGUCCCACUGGAUUGACAACUGAAGUUAAGUCUGUUGAGAUGCACCACGAAUCCCUCCCAGAGGCUCUUCCCGGUGACAAUGUUGGGUUCAAUGUGAAGAACGUUGCAGUUAAGGAUCUCAAGCGUGGUUAUGUUGCUUCGAACUCAAAGGAUGAUCCUGCCAAGGAAGCUGCCAACUUCACCUCUCAGGUCAUCAUCAUGAACCAUCCUGGUCAGAUUGGAAAUGGAUAUGCCCCAGUCCUUGAUUGCCACACCUCCCACAUUGCCGUCAAAUUUGCUGAACUGUUGACCAAGAUCGACAGACGAUCUGGUAAGGAGCUCGAGAAGGAGCCUAAGUUCUUGAAGAACGGAGAUGCAGGAAUGGUGAAGAUGGUUCCGACCAAGCCCAUGGUUGUGGAAACUUUCUCAGAAUACCCACCGCUCGGUCGUUUUGCUGUGAGGGACAUGCGUCAGACUGUGGCUGUUGGUGUCAUCAAGAGUGUUGAGAAGAAGGACCCAACAGGUGCCAAGGUCACCAAGUCUGCUGCCAAGAAGAAGUGAGCUGUCGCGUUGGAGUCAUUCAUGGGUUACCAUUUUUGUCGAGCGUUUACUAUUUGCAUGGAAGUUUUAACUUUUCGGACCAAUUUUAAUAUGAUUUAGUUUUUAUCUUGUUCUGGUUGAGACUUUUGUUCAAUUGUCAGGGUUUGCUUCAUACUGUGGUUGAAUCGCUUCUAAACAAUUAUAGUUUGGUAUUUGUCUUUAUAUUUGAGUUUCUUUCUUACUAA